UGGUAAAGUUUUCCAAAGUACCCACGCCCUUAAACCCUAGUAUUUUCUGUACAGUCUCACCGGGGACUUUGACAGCGGUGCGAAAUGUCCGGUGCCAUAUCGGAAACUGUGCAACGAUUCACCGCCGAAACCCUUAAAGCAGCUAGCAAACAAUCCAAAGGAUGUUAUGUCGUCCCCCUCCGUCUCCGCCGAGCCAUCAAAACUUAUCUUCGAGAUCAAGAAGAUCAACAUAUGAAAAGGAAAGUUUUAAGGUUGUCAGAAUCGUUCAACGCUAUCAAAGAUGUGAAUUUGCAGUUAGCUGCAUCUACUGCUAGGGAGCUAGUAGAAGAUCCUUUCAAAUAUGUAGGAUGUUCGAAGCGAUGGAAAAUUAGGAGCAAUUAUGGUGAUAUCGGUCUUAAAUACAGAGAUGAUCAGACAAUUGCUUAUGUUGCUUCUCGGAUGCCUGCUGUAUUUUCAGCUUGCCAUAGAGUCCUCAAUGAGGUUAGAAGAAGGCUGCCAGGGUUUUCACCGACUAGAGUGUUGGAUUUUGGGGCUGGUACUGGUUCUGCCUUUUGGGCUUUGCGUGAAGUUUGGCCCCACACUCUAGAAAGCGUCAAUGUUAUCGAGCCAUCUCAGUCUAUGCAACGAGCAGGUCAGAGCCUUAUAAAAGAUUUGAAGAAUUUGCCUCUUAUACAGAGCUAUGCUAGCAUUCAGGAAUUAAGUCAAAAUAUAAGCAAGCCUGAAAGAAAGCACGACCUUGUCAUCGCUUCAUACGUACUUGGUGAAAUACCAUCAUUGAGGGAUAGAAUAACCAUUGUUCGCCAGCUUUGGGAUCUUACAGGAGAUGUUCUGGUUUUGAUGGAGCCCGGAACACCACACGGAUCUAAUAUCAUCUCUCAAGUGCGAUCUCACAUUCUUUGGAUGGAAAAAAGGAGAAGUCGCAAAUUAGCUAAGGCAUCUAACCAAGCUUCCAAGGAUUUAAUGACAGACAGAUGUGGUGCGCAUAUAGUAGCACCAUGUCCUCACGAUGGAGCUUGUCCAUUGGAUAAUACGGGGAAAUAUUGUCAUUUUUCACAGCGCUUGCAGAGAACGACAACACAGCUUGCGUACAAGCAAUCUAAUGGUGUGACUCUCCGUGGCUUUGAAGAUGAGAAGUAUUGUUAUGUUGUAUUCAGACGAGGACCUCGACCCAGUGGAGCAUGGCCCCUUGAUGGUAUGAAGUUUGAUACACAUAAAGAGCAGCAAGAUAAAAUGAAUCACGAGGAAUCUGAGAGCGACUAUGAUGACCAAAUUGAUUCAGAAUUUGAGGUGGUGGUUCAUGAUAAUACAAUGAACAAGUAUGAAUCUGAAAUUAAUGAGGAUGUUGUUCAUGAUAAUACAAUGAUCAAGUAUGAAUCUGAUAUUAAAGAGGAUGUUGUUCAUGAUAACGCGAUGAUCAACUACGAAUCUGAUAUCAAUGAACCAUAUGCCACGUCAGAAGAUGACGCGGAGGAAGAAUGGGAAGACAAGACCACUGAAGCAAAUCUUGGAAGUGGCUGGGGCAGAAUUGUCUUUUCUCCAAUAAAAAGGGGUAAACGGGUUGAAAUGGACGUUUGUCGGUCCACCAAUCACGAAGGAACCGAGGGUCGUUUCGAGAGAGUGAUUGUCACAAAAAGCAAUAACCCGACGCUACAUCAUCAAGCACGAAAGUCGCAAUGGGGUGAUCUUUGGCCUUUUUGAUUAGAAUUAUGUAUAAAUUCUAUAUACUGAAUUUGUACCAAUAGUAGAAUUUAGAAUCAAGUCUAGCUGACCAACGAUUAUUGACCAGUGAUUCACAUGUGGCUUAGCUAAGUUGUAUCUAUCCCAAUAGGUGGUACAAGUUAUGAAGCCAUAUCAAGUCCUUAAAAGCACGAGGUCGAAGGGGUACUUGAAUCUUAUGUCACUCAACAACUCACAAAGACACGUGACAAGAAAAGAUGCCAUUUUUUGUAGCAGAGUAUGGUCGUUGGGGUCUAAGAUCCACUUUUUUGGGUCAGAAAUCAGCGAUGUAAUGAAUGCAACAGUAAUAAUUUAUAUGGGAUUCUUAAAUAGUGACUCUUUUUUUACUUUAUAGCAGAAUAAGAUUCAGAUUCUACAGGACACUGAUUCACCUUC